AUGGGUGUCGACCCUCUGUCCCCUAUUGCACCGGUGCGCCUUAGGGCGCUGCUGCUCCCGGUCGGAAAAAUCAAACGCUCGCGGUUCUUAAGCUUUGCCGCAAGGCUGCAGGCCGAAAAUGUCGUUCGUUUGGGAGACAUUAGUCCGGAUGCGCGACCCAAUCGAAAUAUGUUCUCUCCGUUGGCGUUUCCUACGGGCAUGAUUCUCUACGACCUUUCCUUCUCCGUGCCUCCAACGUCGCAUCUCGAGCUCUUUCCCUUUGAAGUCUUUCGCGAACCGCUCGUUGUCAUUGCGAUUGCCGACGGAGCAGAAUUGGGGGACGGGGAGAACGGCGAGAAAUUAGAGCAGGUCGGCGGACUGGACCAGCUUCAACAGGAGCUAGAGGUCGCGCGAGGGCGACACACAAGGGCAUUGGUGCAUCAACUCCUCAUCUUCGAUUAUAAAGGCGUCGACAAGCUCUCGAAUGGACCGGGAGACGUUCUAUGGGUACCACGCCCCGAGGCGUCCAAGGCAACUACGAUGAAGACCGUCUUAUGCGAUAUCACCUCCUUGCUACUGUCGGAGCUGGAUGAGUUCGCCAAAACCAUACAAAACAUACCUUCCCUUGAAUCUCCCAAGGCCUCGUCUUGGGGCCCCCAACGAGGUCCGGAUCUACGCCCGCGUCCCACCGACAGGUUAUUUCAUCGCAUGACUAUGCCUGCGCACCUCCCCUCCAAACCGAACGGUACCACACCUGAAACUCCUGGCGCCAGUUCGAGCCAGAGCUCUCCUGCUCCUAGCGACUAUGAGACGCCGACAACCUUUGAUGAAAUUACGCGAUCAAUACAAUUGUCCAACCGGGCGAGCACGUUUGGGAAACCUAAUUCCCUACCCUCAUCGAAGGAACACAGCCGUGAUCGGAUGUCGGUGAGCAGCAUGAGUGCUACUGACCGGACCAAAAACCGUAUCAAAGGACGUACGGGUCUCGUGGUAGGGACACUCUUCCUUCAAGCUGGAAGAUGGCCAGACGCUCUCAAGGAGCUUGUCGAAGCCGCAUCAAAUGCUCGAGCAAGCAGCGAUUACGUCUGGCACGCCAAAGCCCUUGAAUCCAUUCUCCUGUGUCUAUUAAUGUUUGGUUGGGCAGGGAUGGACUUUCAGAUCCCUCCCAUCUGCUAUCCGGUGGCCGACAAGUCUGCGAAAUCAUCCUUCAACCUGGACCCGGGCUCAGGGCAGUCCACACCUGGGAAUCGUGUGAUCUCUCUCCAGAAUUUGUCGAAUCUCUUGCCGGAUCUCUCGAAUAAUAUAAUGAACCUAUAUAACCGCGCAGCAAAUAUUACCGACGAACCUCUGCCUCAGCUUGUUUUCUCUGAAACCGUGAUCCGCUUAGCGAGGAUCUUGGUGGCUGCGCGCAUUCGGGACGGGGCCUUGGAUGAUAAUGCCCUGAAGCAUAUUGUCACGAAUGAGCCUCUCGUGCCCUUGCUCCGACCAGAACGUCCCCGUGGGCUGGUCAUUCUGCGCAAAUCUGAAAUUGCAAAUUUUCUGUUCCGUGCCUUGCCACUAUCCCCUGGGUCGGACCUACCGGCAACAGACUCUAUACCGAUCAUAAUAGGUGUCGUCUCCGUUUUGAACACCCUGGAUCUACCACGGAAGAAGGCCUUCAUUUUGAGGGAGCUGUUAUCAAUAAUGGUGCCAACUCUUGUUCAAGCCCGUAAAAUCGGCGCGGCGGAAGUAGGCAUUCAUCCUGCCGCCGGUCUUGCUUCGCUGAGUGAGACAGCCUUUGAUAUCAACGCUCUUGAUGUCGGUCCCGGGAACAUGGAAGAAAGUGUGCGUUCUCUGCUUGCCUCGAUAGGGGAGAUUUACGGAGUGCAGCCUUCUUCCUUCUAUGAGUGGGAAAGCACUCGCUCUUCAACCCAGUCGGUUCCUGAAUAUGAUUCAGUCGCCUCAAUUGUUGAGCGUUCCUUUAGGCACGCUGUUCUGGACAAAUAUGGUGACCUAAAUUUGAAAGUUGAUGUCCUCAGAGCCUGCAUUAAUUCAUGUGAAGCCCUGCCAGAUUUUGGUGGUGUCCUCCGCUUUACGGUGGAACUACUUCAAACCAUCCGUGGAGAUCUCAUGCUUACCGAAACACAAUACACCCCUCCGUACUUGCCUCAUGAUGAACAGGUUCGCCUGCUCAACAAUAUCAAGCGCACGGUUGGCGCAGCCAACAAGCUGGGAGCAUCAGGUCUUGAAGCGGAAUAUUGGGACGAUUUUUUGGUCCGUGGAAUACAAAUGCUACCUCUAUCCGAUACCAAGAAACCAGUUCGCCGCUCCAGGCCAGAACUUGAUGCGGUGACCGUUGAGAAACCCAAAGAUCCGUUCCUAUAUAAUCCCUUCUCCAAGGCAAACAACAAGGCUUCGGAGCUUCUGAUCGUAGCGGGGGAACACGCUGCAUUCCAAGUCACGCUUCAAAACCCUUACGAGUUUGAGAUCGAGAUCGAAAGACUCCGGCUUGAUGGCGAAGGCGUACCGUUUGAUGCUGUGGCCGAAUGGAUCAUUCUGCCGCCGCUCUGUUUGCAGCAGGUGACCGUGUAUGGAAUGGCUCACGAGGAGGGGAAAGUGAACAUCACCGGCUGCCUUGUCAAGGUUCGGCAUUGUAGAGAGCGAAAGUUCCCCAUCUUCCAGAAUUGGUGGAGACCAGAGGCUGAACAGAAAUUCAAACGAACUGGAUUAGCGGCCAAGAAGCCCUCAAUGGACCGUCCUCUCUCGUGGAGCUCCACGACGUCGAAAGAUGGGAAGCCACUUCCCAAAAAGGGGCCUGAAACAUCGUCUUGCGAGGUCAAGGUGAUCGGUCAACAGCCGUCUUUGAUCAUUGAAUCGCUUUCACUAUCGCAAUCGGCUGUGAUGGUUUUGGAGGGCGAGCUCGGAUCCUUUCAGAUCACACUACGGAACACGUCACCAUGUCCUCUCGACUUCAUCCUUUUUACAUUCCAAGACUCCACGACGAGGCAGAUCCAGUCUGCCUUGGGCAAUAAAGACCUACUGCCGGUCGAAGUGUAUGAGCUCGAGCUCAAGUUGUCAAAGCCAGCUUUGCAAUGGCGCCGAGAAGGCGUAAAUCCAGGUGAUCACACCAUACCAGCAGGCCGAAGUGCCACCUUCGCUAUUGAUAUCAUUGGGAAAGCCGGCCUACAAGACACCACGGUGCAGAUUGAUUACUCCUGCGUCGGAUCUGCUGAUCUUCAGUCACUUCCGGACGUCUUCUACACUCGACAGUUAUUUGUACCGCUUACCGUCACAGUAAAUGCCAGCGUAGAAGUCGCCCGUUGCGACAUACUCCCCUUCAGUGCUGAUUUUGCGUGGUGGAAUAGCCAAGGCGCCGACCCAAAACCGGGACCGGCUCAGGCUUUGCCUUCGACCGACGACAAUUCCUUCUCUCCCGUGCUCUCUCACCUUGUCCAAGGCGCGUAUGGCCCUGAACACUGCAUCAUGCUCCUCGACCUCCGCAAUGCUUGGCCGAACCCCCUAUCGGUGACGCUAGAUGUGAGCGACAAUUCUGUGGCAGAUGAAACUAACACAAAGGAUGACCGAUAUUCUGUCUCUGGGGAGCUUCAGCCCGGCCAGCUGUCGCGCUUUGUUUUUGUCCUGCCUCGUGUUCACCUCGAUAACCCUCAUGCUUCGAUACCACUUCUUAACACGGGAGUCAAGAGACAAUUUGUUGUCAGUGCCAACAAACUUACAUUUGAGGGCGAGGCAGCGUCACGCGAAGCGUUUUGGUAUAGAGAAGAGCUGCUCAAGAGAGUGAGCGGAUCCUGGAAGGAAAGCCCAGCUGGGCGUCAGGGAACGAUUGACCUGCGAAACUUGCGCUUCAGCGCACGCAUGGUGGACGCCUUCCGGCUCGACGAUGUCGACGUGACCUUUUCUUUGCUCCCCUCUUUCGCAGACGACGCAUCCGCCGGUGUCACCCAGACUGGACGGUCGAAAUAUCUCGUCCAGACCGAUGAGAUGAUGAAUCUCACUGUCACUGUCCGCAACCGCUCCUCGCGGUCCAUUCACCCUCUCCUGCGACUGCAACCGAGUCUUCGCCACCAACCCAGCAACAUUGCCCUAGAUCUGUCACGACGUCUCGCAUGGACCGGUAUGUUGCAGCAGGUCUUGCCUAUCAUCCACAGCGGUGAGAGUACGUCUGCCACGAUCGGAGUGACGGUCCUCUGCAGGGGCGAAUACGAACUCGGAGCCACCGUGGAGGAAGUCCGUCUUCUAAAAACCUCCACGAACCGGAACUCUCUACUUCCGGUACCACACACCUUCCAUGAGGACGACCUGCCGAUCAAGGAUACAUUCGGAGCGGAUGUGGCCAAGAAACGACGUAUUUGGCAUGCCAAGGAGAUGUGCAUCAUGGAUGCGCACGCGUGA